AUGCAAAGGCCAUCAAAACCCGACUACUUGACUGAAAUGCGAAAAGAAAUCGAGCGCUUCAAGGACGAGAAGCUUAACCUUGAUGAAUCCCAAGAGGAAUACAAGAACAAAGUUGGAUUAUCCGGCCACGCUCGAAAUAACCUGCCUUUCCAUCCCAAAGCGCUCGGAAAUGAGCUAAAGGACAUCAAGGAACACUUUGCGAACUUAUCCGAAAACUACAUGGAAGCUGUUGCAAAGAAAAAUUUUCUUCAAUACAUGUUGCAGGAGCCACCAUUGGAGAUUAGCGAAGGAGAGCAGGAGCAAGCGUCAGCAGAGGAAUCAGCAUUAAAGAAAGAAAUGGAGCGAUAUAUACUGUUGGUGGAGGAAUUAGAACAUCUAAUUAGCUUGCAAGCCCAGUCAGUCGAGCAAUCUAGAGCUACGGCAUUGAAGAUUGCAGACAAAGCAAUCGAUGAUUUGGACCUGAUUGACCACAUGGAGGAAGAAAUGGCACGCAUUGAGGAAAAGGUGUCAAAUCAAAGUUCAUAUACAGUCGAAGAGGCAAAAGCAUUACUGAAUCAACAAACGGACGAGAUUGCAAAGAUCAAUAGAGACUCGUACGAAAAGAAGAUCAGAAUUCCUGACAUGAGAUGGCGUGUCGAAGACUUGGAAGCAGAUAUAAAGCAAUUGGAAGCCGAUCUGGAAAAGAAGAACGCAGAAGCAGAGCAGGCUGUUAUCAACAAACGCAAUAGAGAUAGAGAGGUGGAAGAGAGCUAUUAUCAUUUCCUAGAUGCAACAGAUUUAUGCAAUCGAUUGUUUGGUGUCGAGACAAUCAAAUUUGAGUCAGACUCAUCAGUCUCUAUCCACUAUAUGAAACCAAAGAAUUCAGUUUUACAUGUGGAGAUAGACACAACUAGCAAUCAAAUACACGAUGCAAAGGUAAUUAUCCACCCCUUAGACUUGAAUGGUGAGUAUAAAGAUAUAUUAAAUUUAUAA